GCCCAGGUGCGCCGGGUGACGCGCGCGGGCCCGGCCAGGUGCGGUGGCGCCCGCACAGGUGUCCCGGCCCGGCCCCGCCCGCGCCCCCGCCGCCGCGUCGGGGCCCUCGGACCCCGAGCCGCCCGCCCUGCCCGCCGGGGCCCCCCACCUGCCGGGGUCCCCACCUGCCGCGGCCGCCCGCGCCGCCCCUCCCGCCGGGCGCGCAGGAAGUCGGGGAGGCGGGGACGGGGAGGGACCCGGCGGGAGCCCGGAGGCGGGACCGCGACCGCUGCCGCCGCCGCCCCGUGCCCUCGGCGGGGCCCUGGUGCUGCCCAGGAUGUCCCAGCGGCACUCAGACAGCUCCUUGGACGAGAAGUUUCUGGAAUACCGCUUUCACGCGGAGCUGCAGCUCGACGCAGAUGGGAACCCCUCGUCCAGGCUGCCGAUGGUUCGGGGCUCCCUGCGGGCCAGGGCCAAUGCCGCCUCCCCACCUGAGGCCGUGCCAGCCCCGGAGGGCCAGGAGCCGCCACCCGUCGUCCUGAGCACGCAGAGCGCGGCCGCCCGCAAGCUGGGCACGCAGCAGCUGAUCCCCCGGAACCUGGCCGUGGUCAGCAGGGCGAAGGUGCCCGCCCGCCACCAGAGCUUCGCGGCGGCCGUGCUCAGCAAGGAGGCUGCCCGGCGGGACCCCCAGCUCUGCCCGGCCCCCAGCUUCUCCCUGGACGACAUGGACGUGGACGUGGGCCCCGGGGGGCUGCUGCGGCGUAACCUGCGGAACCAGUCCUACCGGGCGGCCAUGAGGGGCCCAGGCACCGCGGGCGGCGGGGGCAGCGCGGCCCAGCUCAGUCCCAAGCUGCAGGCGCUGGCUGAGGAGCCCGGGCAGCCGGCCGUGCGGGGCCCGGCCAAAACCAAGAAGACGCUGGGGCGGAAGCGUGUGCACAAGGGCUCCUUCAAGGAUGACCCCCAGCUGUAUCAGGAGAUCCGUGAGCGGGGCCUCAACACCAGCCACGAGUCUGACGACGAAGUGCUUGAGGACCCCCGGGGGCCCCGGCCGGCGGACGCCAUCGUGGUCAAGAGCUACCGGCCCGCCCAGGUCACCUGGAGCCAGCUCCCCGAGGUGGUGGAGUCCGGCCUGCUGGAGCAGCUGCCCGCAGAGGAGCGCAAGAGGCAGGAGGCCAUCUUCGAGAUCCUCACCUCGGAGUUCUCCUACCUGCACAGCCUGAGCGUCCUGGAGGCCGAGUUCCUGCGGUCCCAGGAGCUCCGGGCCACCAUGACGCAGACCGAGCACCACCACCUCUUCUCCAACAUCCUGGACGUGCUGGGGGCCAGCCAGCGGUUCUUCGAGGCGCUGGAGCAGCGGUCCAAGGAGCAGGUGUGCGUGCAGGACAUCAGCGACAUCCUGGAGGCCCACGCCGAGGGCCACUUCCAGCCCUACGUCGUGUACUGCUCCAACGAGGUGUACCAGCAGCGCACCCUGCAGCGGCUGAUGAGCAGCAGCGGCGCCUUCCGCGAGGCCCUGCGGGCGAUCGAGAAGCGGCCUGCAUGCGGCAGCCUGCCCCUGCUGUCCUUCCUGAUCCUGCCCAUGCAGAGGGUGACGCGGCUGCCCCUGCUGGUGGACACGCUGUGCCUCAAGACCCAGGGCCACCCCGAGAGGUACAGGGCCGCCAGCCGUGCCCUGAAGGCCAUCAGCAAGCUGGUGAAGCAGUGCAACGAGGGAGCGCACAGGAUGGCGCGCACGGAGCAGCUGUACACGCUGCACACACAGCUGGACUUCGGAAAGGUCAAGUCGCUCCCCCUGAUCUCUGCCUCCCGGUGGCUGCUGAAGCGUGGGGAGCUCGCCCUGGUGGAAGACACGGGCCUCUUCCGGAAAAUCGCCGGCCGGCCCACCUGCUACCUGUUCCUGUUCAAUGACGUCCUGGUCGUCACCAAGAAGAAGAGCGAGGACAGCUACGUGGUCCAGGACCACGCCCAGACGGAGCACAUCCGGGUCCAGAAGGUAGAGCCCACGGAGCUCCCCCCGUCGGGCGGCAGCAACCGCAGCUCCUGCGUGCCGCACCCCUUCCGCGUGACGAUGCUGCGCAACAGCGAGGGCCGCCAGGAGCACCUGCUGCUCUCCUCGGACUCCACGAGUGACCGGGCCCGGUGGAUCAUGGCACUGGGACACAGGGAGAGGCAGGGCCCAGCCAACAAAGGCGACCUGCUCCAGGUGGAGGUCACCAAGGCCUACUUCGCCAGGCAGGAGGAUGAGGUCACGCUGCAGCUGGCGGAUGUGGUCCUGGUCCUGGAGCAGGAGGACGGCUGGCUCUACGGCGAGAGGCUGCAGGACGGAGAGGCGGGCUGGUUCCCUGAGGACUUUGCCCGCCCCAUCACCAGCCGCGGCGCCGUGGAAGGCAACGUGCGCAGGAUGGAGCGGCUGCGGGUGGAGACGGACGUGUAGCCUGCUCGGCUGGGCACCACGGAGGGGCUGGGCGGCCGGGGGCAGCUCCAACCUUGGGUCCAGGAGUGUGGCCGGCUUGGCCCAAGUGCCCUGGAUGGUCCCGGGGUCUCCCAAGACUCUGGGGCUGCGGCCCCCAGCUCAGAUGCUUCCGGGGAGGAGCGACCACACGUGCCUUCCUGGGCAGCAUCUCCGGGCGAGCGCCUCGGGCCAGGCCAGUUCCAGCUGGGGGCCCUGGCCAGGACCUCUCACAGGAUGGGUGACGGCAAUGGGAGAGGACAGUGCUGCAGACAGCGGGCAGUGUGGGGCUGUCUCCCUCCUGCUCCCCCUGCCCGGGGACCCCAUGUGGACCGGAGACUGCCCCUUCGAGCUUUCCAGAGGCAUUAAAGCACUUCUUUAGA